UGGAUAGAAAGUCUCUGACCCGACCCGUGACCACGAGGGAUCUCCUAUCAGCCACGCUCCGUCGUGCCCGUUAUAGAAAAAGGGUCUUCGAGAAGUUGGAACGAGGGCGAUGACGAGGAGCAGGAAUUAGGGCUGGGGAUGGCGUCGUGCAAUCCGUUCCCGGAAGGGAAGCCCCUGUUCCUUGUGAUCUACGCCACCGUCGUCGCCGGCAUCGUCUUCUCAACCCUCUUUAUCCUCUCCACCGUCUAUUCCCCCGCCACCGACGCGAACCCCCUUUCCUUCCUCCAUUUCUCCUCCUCCGCGGCGCCUCCUCGUCUACCGGUGCCAAUCUAUAUCGAUAGAGACUUUACCAGGAAGGGAAAUGGUUUGUCCGAGUCCGAAGCAAGUCGGAACGCAACUGCAAAUAUUCCUCCUCCCACAGCGAAACCUCGAAACAUGUUCACCAGAGGUAUAUGGGAUGCCCCUGUUGGUACCAAAAUGCCAGAUUUGAAGUCAUUUCGGCUUACAAAGGAGAUGGUGGAGCAUCGGGCAAGAGAUAAUGUCAUAAUCGUGACCUUUGGGAACUAUGCAUACAUGGACUUUAUCUUGACCUGGGUCAAGCACCUGACAGAUCUUAAUGUUUAUAACCUUCUUGUUGGGGCAAUGGACUCAAAAAUCCUGGAGGCUUUGUAUUGGAAAGGUAUUCCUGUUUUUGAUGGAAGUAAUAUGGACACGGCGAAUGCUGGAUGGGGGUCCCCCAAAUUUCAUAAAAUGGGAAGAGAAAAAGUCUUUUUGAUUAAUGCUCUCCUGCGUUUCGACAAUGAGGUGCUAAUGUGUGAUACUGACAUGGUUUGGUUAAAGAAUCCACUUCCAUAUCUUGCUCGUUUUCCUGAAGCAGAUGUUUUGACCUCAAGUGAUCAAGUUAUACCGACAGUAACUGACGACAGUCUGGAAGUCUGGCAGCAAGUAACUGGUGCCUAUAAUAUUGGAAUUUUUCACUGGCGUCCUACUGAUCCUGCUAAAAAGCUGGCAAAAGAGUGGAGAGAUCUGCUGGUAGCUGAUGAUAAGAUAUGGGACCAGAAUGGCUUUAAUGAGCUACUCCACAAAGUUUUAGGACCACCAGUUGAAGGAGAAAAUGGGCUUGUAUAUGCUUUUGAUGGGACCAUCAAAUUAGGAAUCUUGCCAGCGAGUAUAUUCUGCAGUGGACACACAUUCUUUGUCCAGGCUAUGUACCAGCAGCUCAGACUUGAACCCUAUGCAGUGCACACUACUUUUCAGUAUGCAGGUACUGCAGGAAAACGCCACAGAUUACGUGAGGCCAUGUUUUUCUAUGACCAAAAGUCAUAUUAUGAUUCACCAGAUGGUUUCUUGACAUUUAAACCAAAUAUUCCAAAGAGCUUGUUGCUAGAUGGCCCACAUAACCUUGAAUCUCACUUUUCAUUAGUCAAUUAUCAAUUGAAGCAGAUGAGGACUGCAUUUGCUAUUGCUUCAUUAUUGAACCGGACACUGGUAAUGCCUCCAUUAUGGUGCAGGUUUGAUAGAAUGUGGUUUGGACACCCUGGAAUUAUGAAAGGAACAAUGACUAGGCAACCUUUUAUCUGCCCUAUGGAUCAUAUAUUUGAGGUGAAUAUGAUGCUGAAUGAACUUCCUGAAGCAGAAUUUGGCCCUAGAAUUGAUUUCAGAGAGUAUUCCUUCCUUCAGAAUCCAUUGGUUCCAAAAGAGAUAAAGGAGUCACUACUUGAAGUUCAACUUUGUGAUGACCAUUCUGCAAAAUGCCAAAUAGCCAAUGAAACAACUAGACGAGGAGUUCUUCGUUUUCCAAAGCAUAGCACCCAACAGAUGUUCAUACAAGCUUUCUCCCUAUACAAAGAUGUGAAAGUCAUACAGUUCUCAUCGAUGGAGGAUGCCUUUCAAGGAUUCACGGAUGAGGUAAGGGAGGAGAAGUUCAGAAAGCGUGUGAAAAGAUACGUGGGCCUGUGGUGCUGUGUGGAGUCCCGUGAUCCUGGCCAUAUAUAUUAUGAUAUGUACUGGGAUGAGAAACCUGGUUGGAAACCAGAGCCACCGCGAACUAGGGAAGAUGACCGUCCGCCUUGGUAGACAGGCAGCUUAAAGUUCCACAUACAUAAUCGAUAAGAUGAGGAGGAAUGCUAAUUUAUACCUUGCAGUGGCUUAACCAUCACUAUUCCCACCGGACCUGUAUCUUUUCCCUUCCAUGGCUGCGAGAAAUUAUUCAUAUACAUCAAGAUUUACCGUCUUGGUACUGGGCUCCAUAUCGGCGCUAUUCUGUCACUAUAUUGAGUGUCGGUGCAUCCCGUGUUGAACCAAUGGCAUACCAUGCUACAUAUUGUUGUGCUUAAAAUGCUACUUAUUGGGAGAAAAGGAGGUGGUUUUGUAUAUUAACAUACAAAUUUUGACAUUUAAAAUCAUUGAGAAAAAAACAGUAAAAAAAAUAUAUAUUGAACUGUUUAUUCUGAUGGCAA